GCCUGCCGGGAGCUGGGUGUGCGAUGGCGACACCCAGCCUGCGGGGUCGCCUGGCGCGGUUUGGGAACCCUCGGAAGCCUGUGCUGAAGCCCAAUAAACCUCUUAUUCUAGCUAACCGCGUCGGGGAGCGUCGCCGGGAGAAGGGCGAGGCGACUUGCAUCACGGAGAUGGCGGUGAUGAUGGCUUGCUGGAAGCAGAAUGAAUUCCGCGACUAUGCGUGCAGAAAAGAGAUCCAGGGCUUCCUCGAUUGUGCCGCGAGGGCUCAGGAAGCCCAAAAGAUGAGAUCAAUACGAGAGUCUGGGAGUUUACCUCCAAAUAAAUUGAAUAAAUUGUUACAGAGGUUUCCUAACAAACCUCACCUCAGCUGAAAAUGGACAAGUAUUUUCAAUGACUGAAAUAUAGCUUCUGACAACUAUGCGGAGGCAUUUUACAGACAUUGGCAUUGCCAUGCCCUCUUUGGAGGGUAGAAGAGACAAAACACUUUUUUCACCCUUUGGAAUCAUAGUAUGGGUAGAAGUUAUGAUUUAUCUUGAAAUAAAAUCAUCUGAAGAGCA